UGAAAGCAUGCGGAUGGCCCCCCAGGCUGCGUGGAGAAGGUUUGAGGCGUGUAUCCGGGUGUGAUGGAGAUCAGCAGGGCCGGGCCUAGCGCACGGGAACACAGCUCGAGCUCGGCUUUAAAGCAUCUUCAACUGCGCGAGAGGAAAAAAAUAAAAAGACUGGGGGGGGAGAUGCAACAAUAAAACUUUAAGUCGGGAGAGAAAGAGGAAAAAGUCUCGCGACCAUGGAAGCGCUGAAAAUGGGAAGAUGAAGAUGAAGGAAUCCGGGAGGAAUGUCAAAGCUGGGAGAAGGCAAGGCAUGAUUACUUAGAAGACAAAAAGAGAGAGAGAAAGAAAGAGAGAAAAAAGUUUGGAAAAGCCAUGGCGCGCGAGAAUGAAGAACCCGGAGCGGGCGUGAAGAAGCGCAAGAAGCGGAAAAGUAAAAAGGAAAGCAAGACCAGGACGGUGCACGCGAACGUUUUGUACGAUCACCACGCCAAAGCGGCGGAGAACCCGAACCGGCUGUACGCCAACAACAAGAUCAAGACCACCAAGUACACCGUGCUCUCCUUCAUCCCCAAGAACCUCUUCGAGCAGUUCCACCGCUUCGCCAACGUGUACUUCGUCUUCAUCGCGCUGCUCAACUUUGUGCCGGUCGUCAACGCGUUCCAGCCCGUGCUCGCGCUCGCGCCCGUGCUCUUCAUCUUAUCCGUUACCGCUAUCAAAGACCUUUGGGAGGAUUACCGCCGACACCGAUCCGACCAGGAGAUCAACCACAUGGACUGCUUGGUUUACAGCAGAACCGAGCGUUGUUAUGUGGAACAGUACUGGAAGGAGGUGCGUGUGGGAGACUUCAUCCGUCUGCGCUGUAACGAGAUCGUUCCUGCCGACGUGCUGCUGCUGAGCUCCAGCGAUCCGGACCGGCUGUGUCACAUCGAGACGGCCACGCUGGACGGAGAGACCAACCUGAAGCAGAGGCAGGUGGUGCGCAGCUUCAUAGACCUGGACACUGAGUUCGACCCCAUGAAGUACAACAGUGUUAUCGAGUGUGAGAAGCCCAACAACGACCUGAACCGUUUCCGUGGCUACAUAGUCCAUCGUAAUGGAAGGAGAGAUGGUCUCUACAAAGACAACCUGCUGCUCAGAGGCUGCACCAUUCGCAAUACAGAGGAAGCUGUAGGCAUCGUCAUCUACGCAGGUCAUGAAACUAAAGCCAUGUUAAACAACAACGGGCCGCGAUACAAACGCAGUAAACUGGAGCGGAGGAUGAACGUGGAUGUCUUCUGGUGUGUCAUCAUCCUGCUGGUCAUGUGUCUGUUCUCCGCCAUCGGUCACGGGUUGUGGAUGUAUCAGUACGGUGAGAAGAGGCCAGUGUUUGAUGUUCUGAGUCCUGAGGGAACUGACCUGUCUCCGUUCGUCUCGGCCGUGUAUCUGUUCCUCACCAUGAUCAUCGUCUUCCAGGUGCUGAUCCCCAUCUCGCUCUUUGUCUCCAUCGAGAUCGUGAAGAUCUGUCAGGUUUACUUCAUCCACCAGGACGUGGAUCUGUACGAUGAGGAGACGGACUCUCACCUGCAGUGUCGAGCUCUGAACAUCACAGAGGACCUCGGCCAGAUGCAGUACAUCUUCUCUGAUAAGACCGGAACGCUCACAGAAAAUAAGAUGGUGUUCCGUCGCUGCACCGUGGCUGGCGUCGAAUACUCGCACGACGCUAACGCUCGCAGGCUGGCGAUGAUGUACCAGGACGUGGACUCUGAGGAGGAGGAGUGUGUGUCUCACGGAGGAACGUUACCCAGGAGAGAGAGUGUGUGUAGUCAGCACAGCGGCCGCGUGGUCCUGCGCUCACAGAGCACCAAAUCACACCGACGCACCGGGAGCCGAGCCGAGGCCAAGAGGGCCAGCAUCCUGUCCAAACACACUGCCUUCAGCAGCCCCAUGGAGAAGGACAUCACUCCGGACCCUCAGCUGAUGGACAAGGUGAACGAGUGCGGCGGUCAGAUGGAGUUCAUGCGCUUCCACAGUCAGCCUCUGAACCAGAUUCCUCCUGACCUGUGUGACGUCUUCGACUUCUUCAUCGCUCUCACCAUCUGCAACACGGUGGUGGUGUCCUCACCCAAUCAGCCGCGCCAGAAGGUGCGUCGUUUUGAGCUGAAAUCUCCGGUGAAGACCAUCGAGGACUUUAUCAAGCGCUUCACACCGAGUCGCCUGACCUCAGGGUCCAACAACAGCAGCUCGUCCAGUCUGUCCACCAACCGUUCCUUGUCUCAACGUGCCACCUCCAGCUUUCUGUCCUCUCCGUCGGCCGAGAGCGCGCUGGCUAAGCUGGACGAGGGGCGUCUGCAGCAGGCCUUCAGCCCCGCCCCUCUAGGACACGACCCUGCCAAGGCUUCCUCUCGGGAUGAAGGUGAGCUGCGUUACGAAGCGGAGUCUCCAGACGAAGCGGCUCUGGUGUACGCCGCCCGAGCCUACAACUGCGCUCUGGUGGGCCGACUGGCGGAUCAGGUGACCGUGGAGCUGCCGCAUGUGGGCAAGCUGAGCUUCGAGCUGCUGCACACUCUGGGGUUCGACUCCACACGUAAACGCAUGUCUGUGGUGGUGCGACAUCCGCUGACCGAGCAGAUCACCGUCUACACCAAAGGAGCCGACUCCGUCAUCAUGGAGCUCAUCAGACCACCUGCAAAAGAAGACUCCAAAGGCAAACGUCAGCGCAAAAUUCUGUACAAGACACAGAACUACCUGAACCUGUACGCCGUCGACGGCCUCCGAACCCUCUGCAUCGCCAAGAAGGUCCUCAGUAAAGAAGAGUACGCCUGCUGGCUGCGGCGCCACCUAGAGGCCGAGACGGCCAUCCAGGGCCGAGAGGAGCUGCUGUUCGAUUCUGCGCUACGACUGGAGACCGAUCUGCAUCUCUUAGGGGCAACGGGGAUCGAGGACCGGCUGCAGGACGGCGUACCGGAGACCAUCGCUGCUCUGAGGACGGCCGGGCUGCAGAUCUGGGUUCUGACCGGCGACAAACAGGAAACGGCCAUCAACAUCGCCUACGCCUGCAAACUGCUCGACCCCGAGGAGGAAAUCAUCACGCUCAACGCCGACUCGCAGGAGGCCUGUGCUGUUCUUCUUGAUGAAAGCUUGCACUACAUCCAGGCUAAGUUCCUGUGCAGUUCCUCAUCUGACCCUCAGGCGACUCGUCUUGUCCAGCAGGACUACACCAGCGUUCACUUCCUGUCUCCGAGCUCUGGCUCCACCCCAUCAGGCCCGUUCCUGGUGCACCGGUUGGGUCUGGUGAUUGACGGCCGCACUCUGGCCUACGCUCUGGAUAAGAGUCUGGAGGAUAAGUUCCUGGCUGUGGCUCGGAGCUGCAGGUCUGUCCUGUGCUGUCGCUCCACACCGCUGCAGAAGAGCAUGGUGGUCAAACUGGUGCGCAACAAGCUCAGGGUCAUGACCCUGGCCAUAGGUGACGGGGCUAAUGAUGUCAGUAUGAUCCAGGUGGCAGAUGUUGGUGUGGGCAUCUCGGGGCAGGAAGGCAUGCAGGCGGUGAUGGCCAGUGAUUUCGCUCUUCCUCGUUUUCAGUACCUGCAGAAGCUCCUCCUGGUUCAUGGACACUGGUGCUACUCUCGUCUGGCCAACAUGAUCCUCUACUUCUUCUACAAAAACGCUAUGUUUGUGGCUCUCAUUUUCUGGUAUCAGUUCUACUGCGGCUUCUCCGGCUCGGCCAUGAUCGAUCAGUGGUAUCUGAUCUUCUUCAACCUGAUGUUCUCGGCGUUCCCACAGCUCAUCACCGCCACGCUGGACAAAGACGUUUCCGCGGAGACGUUGCAGGAGCUGCCGCAGCUCUACACGAGCGGACAGAACUCGGAGGAGUAUAAGCCCUACAUGUUCUGGAUGAAUAUGAUCGAUGCCUUCUACCAAAGUCUCAUCUGUUUUUUUAUCCCUUACUUUGCGUACGCUGACUCAGACGUGGAUCUGUUCACGUGGGGCACACCCAUCACCACGCUGGCACUCUUCACCAUCCUGCUGCAGCUUGGCAUCGAAACCAAAACCUGGACCUGGAUGAACUGGGUGUCUAUAGCCUUCAGCGUGGGGCUGUUCUUCACCGUGGCUCUAUGCUACAACUCCUCCUGCGCCACGUGUUACUCCCCCUCCAACCCCUACUGGAGCAUGCAGAGGCUUCUGGGAGAUCCCCUCUUCUAUCUGCUGUGUGUCAUCACACCUAUCACUGCUCUUCUGCCCAGAUAUUUCUACCGAGCGUGUCAGGGUUCCCUGUUCCCCAGCCCGGUGCAGGUGGGCCGUCAGCUGGACAGAUUCCCGCCGGAGCUGCGCAGACAUCUACUGCACCAGAACCAGGCCAAGCUUUUCCCUUUCUGUAGAUCUUUCACCAAAACUCACCAUCAUCAUCAUCAUCCUCACCCUCAUCAUCACCCCUCCCACACCAAGCACAAGCCUACGGCUGCUGAUCCCAGGAGCAUGGAGAUGAAGGACACAUCCCGGAGUUCCAGGAACACAGAGAACCACGUGUUGCAGAACUUGGAGAACUCCCCACACGGAGCUAGCGAGAGCAGCACACUACCGUAUACCAAAGAUCAGUCUCCUCCAGUCACAUCCACGCCGCUGCUGCCUCACACGGAUGGCGUGUGGCUCGUCUCGCCCCCCAGCGGCAGCGCUCCGGGCGUCACAUACAAGAAGAGUUCUAACGUCUUGGAGAACCCGACGCCCGUGCCGCUUCGAGAACACUCGGGAUCGUGAUGCACAGGAUUCCGCUCCAAAUUUGCACGUUUUUCGCAUCUUUUUAAUUCUAUUUUUCAGAAUUAUUUUAUGAGAAUGGGUACUAUUAUAUACAGUCUAUAUUUUAGAUGUGUACAGUGUUUUUCAGAAUAAAGAUUAUUUUUUGUUCUUUUUUGAGAGUAGAGACGAAUACACGCGCAAACUGGAUGAUCUUAUCCGUGUGUUUUUACCAGGAAAAAAUAUUCCCAUAGCUCAUUUCCUCCAGAGACGUUCCUGUCUUUUAUCUUAGCUGUUAUUUAUUUGGACCUGGAGCUUUAACACAAUCACACACACACACACACACACACUCGCCAGCAUGCACACACACUCGCCAGCGUACACACACACACCAACACACACACACUCGCCAGCGCGCGCACACACACCAACACACACACAUUCGCCAGCGCGCACACACACCAACACACACACACACACUCGCCAGCAUACACACACACUCGCCAACGCGCACACACACACACCAACACACACACACUCGCCAGCACAAUGUUAAUUUAACACUUUCAUAUAAAAAGGUUUUUCUGGAAUAAUUCACUCUGUAGGGAAUCUCACAACACACACACACACACACACACUGUCCUGAAUCAUCGAUGCAUGUCCAUUUCCCUCACUGCACUACAAACUGAAAUGUUCAGGAUUACUCUGGAGCUCAGACCUCACCUAUUCCAGAUUUCCAGAAAAUCCUAAAAAUCAUCAUCUAUUGCAAAUGUCACCUUUUUUUUUUUUUUUUUUCGGAUUCUAUUUUUUUGGGAAUAGUCUUCAUACCAAAGAUGCAUCUCAUGAAUAUUCAUGCUGCUCUUAUAUUUCUCUCGUAACAAACAGCCCCUGGUUUGAUCUACACUUACUGUCUUACUGUUUAUUUUUAUUGUGUUAUUAAUAACAGCACCAGAGAGAAAGAGAGAGAGAAUUUAUUCUAAUCAGUAUGCAAAUUUAUUCGUUUAAGGCGUGUCAUGUCAGUGUUUGUUGUUUUUAGGUGUAAAGUUGUCGUACUUUGAUGCGUAAAGCACUAAACGUGAUCAGAAACACCUUCCUGCUCUCGCGCGCUGUUUACAGUUCAUCAUGCUGGAGUUUCUGAAACGCGUUGUCCCGAGUUCAGAUCCGAGUUUGGGCAAAAUCUCAGAAUGAGGUGCUAAAUUUAUCAAUCUGAUGUCAAACUCCUAUAAUCCUGUGUUCAUAAUGCGUUAUAAACAUCUCAUUCAGCAUCCAAUACCUUUUAAAAACAUGUCAAUAGCUAUGGUGACGUUGUUCAGUGUGUCAUAGAGCAUUCAUAAUGCCUCAUAUUUCAUAAUACGUGCUAUAAAGCAUCAGCUUUUAUUAGGAUUAUGUAUGCUACGUAACACCUGCCAGUGUUUUGUCUUAUUGCUAAUAAAUAGUUAGUUAAUGGAUAAUACUUUACAACGCGUUAUAUAUCUUAUAUAAUAUCUUAUAAUCUCUCUAUAAUCACUAAUGUUACAUGCGUAAGACUUUAAAAAGCAUGAGCUAUCAUAGUGUGUUAUAAGGUAUUAUAUAUGCUUGAUAAUGCAUGGUGGAAUAUUGUAUUAAAGUUGCAUGCAUAACACUUCAUAAAGCAUGAGAAUGUGGCCUUACAUAACCUUAGCCUCACCUUACAUAAGAUUGUUAUUACAUCUAGACACUAAAACAGCACCUGUAUUAUAAUGCAUUAUAGCUCGGUCAGAUUUUACAGUGUUUAUAUAAUGUGUUACGGAUGUCACUAUAACACUUAUUACAGGUGUUAUAACAUGAUCUGUGCUUUAUAAUGCAUUACAACACAUUUUAUCAUGUGUUUUGUCACCUGACAUAAUGAAAUUAUUAGCGCAGCAUUGUGCAUGUGUCUAUAACAGGCUUACGUCAGGCUUCAUAACACAUUGUCUGUGCUUUAUUAAUGCUUCAUCUAGAAACUAUACCAGCGCUUGUGUUAUAAUGCAUUACAACUUGAACAGGUCAUUAUGAAGUCUUUUUCUGAAGUAUUAUGUCUCGAUAGCUAUACCAGGUUUAUGUCAGGCUUUAUGAUAGGUCAUGUAAGCUAUAUAAUGAAUUAUUAUACCUUGAAUCAAUAACAGAGCUUGUGUUAUAAUGCAUUACAACAUGAACAGAUAUUGUUUUAUGUCACCUGAAGUUGUUACCUAAAGUAUUACACAUGUCUACCCUUUAUAAUGCAUUAUUACACUUUGAAACGAUACUAGAGCUUGUGUCAUAAUGCGUUACGAAGGAACAGGUAUUAUGAAGUUUUACGUAUGUGUUAUGCGUGUACUCCAGGCUUAUGUCGUCGUAUUAGUCUGGAGAUUGUACCAAAGCUUGUUAUAAAGCAUCACGGCGUACACAGAUACGUGUUAUGUCACCUGACAUUAUGAGAUUGUUUUCUGAAGUGUUAUACAUGUAUUAUAUAGCUAUAACAGCCUUAUGUCAGGCUUCAUUUAGAAAGCAGAGUGUUAUAAUGCAUUAUGAUCAUGAAGAGAUGUUAUAAGGUGUUAUGUAACCUGACUUUUCCUAACGUGUGUGUCACUAGCUAUUCCAGGCUUACAGCAGGCAUCAUAACACAUCGUUCAUGCAUUUUAACGAAUUAUGAACACAGGAAAUAUUCAUAUUGUUGUGAAAGACUUCUGCUGGGUUUUUUUUUUUGUUUUGUUCACCAGCAUCACGUCCAGGUGUUUUGUUUGUUUGUUUGUUUGUUUGUUUGUUUGUUUGUUUAAGACAUUUCUCUGAUUCUCAGAGCUGUAGAGUUUUGUAACACAGGAUUCAGGAGGUUUUGUGGUCAAACUCUGAGUUUAUCUGUGCUUUCAAUCCCCAAAUUCUCAGUUUCAUCACUUUUUUCUUUUACAGCGCUUUAUUUUACAGGAACAUGAUCUAGAAUUGAAUAAAUAAAUAAUUGUUGUGUAGUAAUAAUAGUCAUGUCUAAAUGAUGAGUGUGCGAAGUUAUAACGAAUAAUUAGAUUAAUAUGUAGUGAUAUUUUGCGUAAGCUUGAAACGGAGCAAAUAGCAGCAUCAAAAAUUUAUUCAAAAUGAUUCAAAGAGCCACGUUUUUAUUGCCGUAAAAAUGGUUUGUUUAUUUGUGGUAACUCGUGUAUUUUUCACCUUAGUUACUACGUAAAGACGCACAGAAAUAAAUAAAUCAUGUGUAAAUACUGCGUUGUUGUGUAAUAAACUCAGAGUCAUCGUUACGUUUUAAAAUCCGAUCUUUAGAUUAUUUAGGAGAAAUGCCUGGUCAUUAUUCCUCAGACCUCCGUAUUAAACUCUACUGUAAAAUAAAGUGCUAAAAAAUUGUCGUUUUUUUCCCUCCCACACACACAAUGUUGGUGUUUUUUGGGAAGUCACCACAUUCUCAGCGUGGAUUUGCACUGUGUUUUAAACAUGCGGUAAAUAACGGAGGAGGUUCUAAAGAGUCCCCGGUUCUAAAGAGUCACUAAGUGCCUUUGUCUUUCAGCGCGCUCAGGAUCAGGAAGCAGAAAGCUUUUAUUUUUUAAUUUCUUUCUCGAAUCAAUACUCUAUUUUUGUACAGGGCAGAAUAUCCAAAGCAUUGGGAAAUGGACCAGACUGUGUGUGUGUGUGUCCUGAAGUGGCCUGUGGUGUGGUAAAAAUACACUCGGGAGUGGCUUCAUAUUUGAUUUUUUUUGCCAAAUGCCUUUACACUGGAGACGACACUAUUUUUAGAGAACAAUGCCUUACUGCAGAUGUUAUAUACAGUUUAUAAGACGUUAGUUUAUCCAAAGUUUAAUAAAGAAAUCUUUUUCAAAAACA